ACAGCUCACAUCCCUUUUCUCUGGGCCUGUUUCUUCUCUAGAACACCUGAACGUUGCAGAAUGGGUUUGGGGAUGGAGCACAGAGGGAAUGCAGAAAAAUGGGGAUGCCAGGAAGAACAUAUUGUAAGGCAUUGGAAUUGGGGUGAAUUUUGCUUUCACCGCCUUGGGAACAGGAGGGUGCACUCACUUACAUGAGAAGAUGAAGGCAGGCAUCUAUCUGUGAGGCUUUGGGAGCAAGAGUUAGGGGAGCACUUCUUCUCACUACAACACAUUCUCUUUGGCAUUCUCUAUGAAAACAGGUACAAAACCCAAGAUCUGGGCUGCAGACCCGGCUUAGUUUGCGAAGUGCUUUCAAGUAUGAAGUCCGGAGUUCUCAUUCCCAGAAACCACACUUAAAACCCUGUCAUGAUAGUGUGUGCUUGGAAUCCCAGCACUGAGGGAGGCAGAGACAGAUGGAUCUCUGAGGCUCCAUGGCCAGCCUGCAUAGCCUACUUGGCCGGCAAGGCACACAGGCUGAGCGCUGAGGAGCGGGAGCAGCUGCUGCCAAACCUGAGGGCUGUAGGGUGGAAUGAAGUGGAAGGCCGAGACGCCAUUUUCAAGCAGUUCCAUUUUAAAGACUUCAACCGGGCUUUUGGCUUCAUGACUAGAGUCGCCCUUCAGGCUGAAAAGCUGGACCACCAUCCCGAGUGGUUUAACGUGUACAACAAGGUCCAUAUCACCUUGAGCACCCACGAAUGUGCUGGCCUUUCAGAACGGGAUAUAAACCUGGCCAGCUUCAUCGAACAAGUCGCUGUGUCUAUGACAUAGAUCUACCCUGUCUCUUAUCUCCUUGGGGGAAGGAGUGACUGGAGGAGGAGCCUAGGAGGCUGACCCUUGCUCCCUGACUCUUGCAGUGAAGACCACCGGCUUCAGGGAUGAGUCCCUCCCUGUACAGAAUAAUGUCUGUGUCAAAGGCAGGGACUGAGACCUUUCCCCAUGCCACUCCUCACUGGGGCUGUCAUGUUACACUAACUUGAAUAAGCUCUCCCUUUUUCUGUAGAGUUCUCAGCCUCAGUAGUAUUCCAGACUGUUUCUUGAUCCUUUUAUAUCGUUUCUAGUUCAUUUUCCAAGUAGCUGUGAUAAAGCAUGACAUAAAGUCCAAUUCAGAUCCUACUACUAAAACAAGCUCCAAUAUAUUAUAGAAACAUGUGCUUUUAUGCCUCCAAUAAAACUACGCUAUCAAUGGG